AUGGGCCUAAGUGAGCCCAAUAUAGUGGGACGGUCCAAAUGGGGUUUUUUUUUUUAUUUUUAUUAUUUUUUAGGGUUUAUACUUUUGUUUUGUGGUAAUUCAGUCACAAAUGUCUAUGGGUCGAUUCAUGAGUACAAAAAUGAAGCUUUUAUUGCGCAAUCAAAUGCAUUCUUAUUCCAUGGCGGCAGUGAAGGCCUUUACGCUUCGAAAGUUGUUGAUUCCUCUUCUUCAUCUUCUUCCUCCGAUAAGCCUCUCAAGGUCAAGGGCAAGUCCUUCAUUAGGUUUGAAACUGUUACGUUUGUGAGGCCGAAAGAGUCUGUGACGAAGAAGAAUGACAUGCAGCAGAAAACUGGAUUGGUGGAAGCUAUCAUAUUUGAGAUUAAAGAUAGGGAAAGGAUUGGAGGCUCGUUUCUAAAAUUGGAUACCAUAUGUUGCCCAAAAAAUCUUUCUAAGGAUGGGCAUUGCAAUGUUGGAGAGGUUAUUAUUCAUAAAAAUCCAGACAGCCCCAACUGGCCCAAACGUGUGCAAACUUUCUUUGAAGGGACCAAUGAAGAAGCUCAAAUGUCGGCUGAUGAUAUUGUUGAUAUAGAUAAAACCGGAAUGUACUACCUCUAUUUUAUGUUUUGUGAUCCAGAUCUCAAGGGUACUUUGGUUAAAGGAAGAAGUGUGUGGAAGAAUCCGGAUGGUUAUUUACCAGGAAAGAUGGCUCCUCUGAUGACAUUCUUUGGCAUAAUGUCUUUAGCUUACUUGGUACUUGGCCUAGCAUGGUUUUUGAGGUUUGUCCAAUUCUGGAAGAAUAUUAUGCAGUUGCACUAUUAUAUCACAGUGGUAAUUGCUCUUGGAAUGUGUGAAAUGGCUGUUUGGUACUUUGAUUAUGCCAAUUUUAAUUCAACUGGGAGCAGACCCAUGGGGGUUACAUUGUGGGCUGCAACUUUUACUUCUGUUAAGAGAACUCUGUCUCGCCUUCUUCUUCUGGUGGUCUCUAUGGGCUAUGGUGUUGUCAAGCCAACUCUUGGUGGUUUAACCUUGAGAGUUCUUAUUCUUGGUUCAGUAUAUUUUGUUGCAUCAGAGGCCCUUGAGCUCUUUGAAAAUUUGGGAAACAUCAAUGAUUUUUCUGGAAAAGCAAAGUUAUUUUUGGUGUUGCCUGUUACUGUUCUUGAUUCCUGCUUUAUACUGUGGAUCUUCUCAUCACUUUCCAAAACUUUGGAGAAACUUCAGAUAAGGAGAAACAUGGCUAAAUUGGAGCUGUACAGAAAAUUUACAAAUACCCUUGCAGUAUGUGUGCUACUCUCCAUAGCUUGGAUUGGAUUUGAGCUAUAUUUCAAUGCAACUGACCCAAUAAGUGAGCUGUGGCAAUUUGCCUGGAUCAUUCCAGCUUUCUGGAAUUUGCUUGCAUUCACACUUUUGAUGGUUAUAUGUGCCCUUUGGGCUCCUUCACGAAACCCUACCAGAUAUGCAUAUGAGGAGAUGGGAGAUGACUUCGAUGAGGAGGGUGUCUCGCUUACUAGCAGUGGGAUAAAAACUGGGGACAUGCAAACAAAGGUGGAUCACGGGUAUGGCCUCAGAGAAGAUGUUGAGGAGGAUAAGCGGGAAUAGAUUGAUUUUUUCAUGUACGAGGAAUGAAUCACUGUUGGAAUGUCAGUUGCAGAUACUGGCAUUUAUCUGUAAAUCUUGCCUACUCAAUGGAGUAUGCAUGUACAAAGCACUUGCGAAUGUAGUAAUGUACAAUGAAUUUGAACGAAGAAGAGUUAAAUAUCAGUUAUAAGUUUUUACAGCUGAACUUUAAUCUUCUGAGGAUUAAAAUUUAGGCAAUAAACAGAGUUUUUUUUAA